AUGACAACAAAUAUAAGUGAUAUUAAAAAGAUAGAAAUUAAUUUAAAGAGAUUAAUAUCAUCAUGUGAAAAGAUUAUAGCGGAUGACGAUAAAGUUGAUGUUAUUAAUGGUGAAGGUGAGAUUAGACCAGUACUCAUUGAUAAUACAUUCACAGUUGAAAGAUAUAUACCAACUAUGUUAUCACUAUUAAAACAAUUAAAUGAGAAAAUGUAUGAACAAAAUAAACAGCAACAUCAACAUCAGCAACAACAACAGCAACAACAAUCAUUAUCGUCACCAUUAUUUCAAUUAUAUACAAAUACUGCAAAUCAAUUAAGUUCACCCCAAAUAGCUCAAUUAUCUUCUCCCUCAUCUUCAUCAACAACACCAUCAUCUUCUACAUCUACUCCCUCAUCAUCAUCAUCAAAUUAUAUUAUAUCAAAAGAAGCAUUAAGUGAAUAUUCUAGAAAGAUAGAUGUAAUAGUUGGACUUGUAAAUAAAGAGAAAUUAAAUUCACCAAUUUCAAAUAAACCCAGUAUCGUACGUCUACAAGCUAGUAGUAUUUCACAUUCAAAGAAAAUGGAUGAAAUUCAAACUGUAAUGAAAACAAGAAAUAAAGAAGAAAAAAAGAAAAUUGACCAAUUAAUACCACAAAAUGUAGAUAAUAGCAAUAAUAAUAAUAGCAAUAAUAAUAAUAAUAAUAAUAAUAAUAUAAUUAAAACACCAAAUAGGAGUAAUUUUAGUAGCAGUAAUAAUAAUAAUUUAUCACCAGCAUUAAGAUUUAGAAAUCAAUUUCAAAAUAGAAAUUCAGAAUUAAAGAGUUUAUUAGGUAAUAAAGCAGCAGAGAAUGAUAAUUUAUUUAAUAAUGAGUUAUUGGAUGAUGAUUCAUUUGAAAAGAAAACAGAGGAACAAAGAUUACAACAAGAGCUAUUAACAUCUGAACUAUUAGAUUACUCAGAGAGUUUAAAGAAUCAUUCAAAUACAAUGUCAACAAAACUAUCGGAAGAAGAUAAAAAAUUAAAUGAACUUGGUCAAUUGGUUGAUACAAGUUCUUCAAAAAUUCAAAGACAAAAUUUAAAUUUAAAAGAUUAUACAUCAAAAUCAACAAAAGAUACUUUAAACUAUUGUCUUAUCAUUGUUUUUGUUUUAAUAGUUUUCAUUUUCACUUAUAUGUUAAUGAAAUUAUCAAAAAAAGUUGAUCCAAAUUAUUAA